AUGGCCGUCUCUUCAUACCUCAAGUGGGCUGCGCUCACUUUGGCCACCGCUCAGCUCGGUGCUGCCCAGACCUACACCAGCUGUAAUCCACUCAAUGCAACCUGUCCUGCCGAUACCGGUCUUGCCAAGUGGGAGUUUAACACCGACUUCACCACGGGCUCGUCGGCAUUCAGCAAGUGGAACACCACUUCUGGAACUGUUGAAAGCACCUCUCUUGGUGCCAAGUUCACUAUCUCUGAGCAGGGCGAUGCUCCCACCAUUGAGAGUGACUUUUACAUCUUCUUCGGCCGGGUCGAGGUUAAGAUGAGAGCUGCCAACGGCACUGGUAUCAUCAGCACUACUGUGAUGGAAUCUGAUGACCUGGACGAGAUCGACUGGGAGCAAAUUAGUACUUACGACUACUCUAUCGAAACCGACUACUUCGGCAAGGGCAACACCACCUCCUACGACCGCGCCACUACCGUGAAUGUGACAACACCAGAGGAGACCUUCCAUACGUAUACUGUUGAUUGGACUUCCAGCCGCAUUGAGUGGAUUCUGGACGGCGAGGUCGUCCGCACCCUGGAGUAUGCCGAUGCCCUGAACGGCGAGAACUACCCGCAGACUCCCAUGCGUAUCAAGAUCGGUAUUUGGGCCGGUGGUGAUCCUGACAACGGCGAGGGUACCAUUGAGUGGGCUGGCGGCGAAACUGACUACACUGCUGGCCCCUUCAGCAUGUAUGUCGAGUCCGUCAAGAUCAUCAACUACAACCCUGCCUCCGCCUACAAGUACACCGACAAGACUGGUGCCUAUACCAGCAUCAAGGCCACCAACGGCACUACGUCGACCAACUUGGCUUCCAGUUCUAGCUCCGCCCAGGCUGCUUCUUCUUCCAGCUCUUCGUCUUCCAAGUCCUCGGCCUCCAGCUCUGCCAGUGCUUCUGCCUCUGCGAGCGUCUCUUCUGCCGGUUGGAUCGCGCCGUACUCCGCAUUUGCAACCAUCAUGGCUACUUUGAUUGCGAGCGUUUUCCUACUGUAA